AUGGCUUCGGACUCCACGUGCGCAAUCAUCGCUCUCUGGCGUCUGUGCGUGCCCGUGGGCCUGGGGCCGCAGGUUGGAGGUGAUGGCGCCAUCCCCGUAGAUGUCCUGAAGGUUGUUCUGGAGCGCGAGCUGCUUGGCCAUUUGGAUGACUUUGGCCAAAGCUCCGUUGAUGAGAUCCUGCAAACCUACAUGCAGCCAGACUCUGAGGGAGUGGUGGGCUUCCUACAGUUCUGGAAAGGCAUGGAGGAAAUCCUGCGUGCCCGGGGCACCCUGCGCAGCACGCUGACGCGUGCCCAGGAGGAAGCCAUCAUAGGUUUUCGUUUCCUUCGCACCUGCCUCUUGGACAUGGCAGCUCGCCAGGUAUCACAAGGACGGUCCUCCUUCAGCGUGAAGGAGCUGAGGUACUUCAUCGGCCGCACCACUGCCCUUACGGGUGCUGAAGGUGAGGCUUUCUGGCGCAGGCAGGCCCGUCAGCUUCCUGAGGACCCGGAGAUGCUGGUCACUGGUGAGGAGGUCGCGUCUGCAAUGCUUACGUGGCUGGAACAGCUUGUGGACGAAGGCUUGUCUGGUGAGGGCGAAGAUGACGAGGACUCCGGGGAUGAGGAAGAGGAGCCGGAGGUUGGAAUCGAACGCGUCGCCCUACCCCCGCCUCCGAGUUUGUCCCCGUCUCCAUCUGCAGACAGGCUUGCGCCGGAUCGGCCGCUAGCAAUCGCAGCCCCGACUGGGCCUCCACCAAAGCGGCAAGUACAGGCUCGACUAUCGCGUCCGAGCCUGUCGUUUCAGAGCGGCCUCACCGCCUUGCUUGACAAGGGCGAGGCCUGGCCUUCGCAAGCGACGAAGGAAACUGCUGCAGAGUGGCGAGAAGUGAUCGCAUUUCAGGUGUCGAUCAAACGUUGGCUUCUCGAGAUGAAGCAUGAGGAGGUGGACCUUGUGAAGUUUCACCAGUUCGCCAGGACCUACUUCAGCAAAGGCUCGCGGCCAUCGGGACGCUCCUCACCGAGGAAUCACGAGCCUCGCUUGAGCAGGGCAGCGCUGGCGCUGAAAGCUGUUCUUCAGAACGUCAGCUCGAAGCGUCUGGCAGAAGGUGUAACUCGUGAAGCUCGUAUGGCAGAUGUUGCAUCUGAAGACGUUGUUGAACCAUGUUAG